CCCGCCUCUCCCUCCUGCCUUGGAGGAGGACGAGGCAGAAAAGAGCUGCGGCCCCACUGGAUUCUGGGAAGCUCUGACUCCCUGCAAUGGCUGCCGCAACCUGGGCUUCUCCAGCCUGUCGCAGGACUCAAAGCGUUCAGCGGAAUUCGUCACUUCUCCAUCUCUGGACGUUUUCCUUCCAGAGGAUGAGGACAACCCCUAUGAGUCCGUGACCACCGCUGUCACACGCAAACCCUGCUCACUCGAUAUCAACCAUGGGCUCAACACCUGUCCAGGCAAUGGUCACUUGUCCCAUGCAGCUGUGAGUGAGGGAGAGCACGGUAACCAUGACAACUGCUCAACGGGCCCCACUCCGGAUUGUUCGCCCCCCUCCCCUGACACAGCCCUGAAGAACAUCGAAAGAGUUAUCCGCCCACAGCCCAAGCAGCGUACCUCUCUGUCCUCGUCCCUGGACGUCCAGAGGCCGGUCAACCACAGCUGCGAGCCCAGUGAGGUGAGCUCGUCCCUCGGCUACGCCAGCUUCAGCACCAGCCCCCCUGCCAGCCCUCCCCUCAGCCCCAACCAGGAGGACUCUGCGGGCUCCAACGACGACUGUCAGCUCACAGACGACGGGCCAUACCAACGAGACCCGCCUCCUCCUCCUCCUCCUCCCUGCUCUUCCUCCACAUCAAACGCUCUGCUGGACGACCGCAGGAAGAGCCACAUCCCAGAGGAGUUUGCAGGCCUCCUUCAUGGGUCAUCCCCAGCUUGUGAAACUCCUGAUACGCCUUAUCAUCUUUACAGCCCCAAACCUCGUAAAUAUGCCUCUCCGGAAGUUCAGAGCAGCCUGUUGCAGACCCCAGAGUACAACAUUGUGAUUGGAGGAGGACCGACUCAGGUCUUCUCCAGGACAGGAAACGAUUCGUCACCUCAGAAAACCAUCAACGACCCCCAAAAGCCACAAGUGGUGUACCGGACUAUCUUCCACACCAGAGUCAACCAAGACCAGGCCCGCCCCCGGAACUGUGAGCAGGUGGAUUCACAACGUGGCUGGUCUACACUGGGCCGCCCACCGUCCUACUCCUCCUCUGGCCAAAACGGUGAGGUACCAGAGUUACGAGGGGUCCAGACAGGAAGCGGGCCCAAGGACAGUUUAUCGAGCGCUGGCUACGAAGAGAGGGCUUGCACCCUGGGGAGGAUGAGGUCUAUGCCCCGCAGUGUGUUGGACCUGCAGCUGUCCAAGUCUCUCUCCAAGUCUGAUUCUAACCUGGUAGCUGUGUCUCCUAUACAGGAGGAGCACAGUUGGGGGUCUGGAUCUCGAGGUCAGGGGCCUGGAAGUCCGAGCUCAGGAGAAGGAGCCAGCCCAGGGGGAAGACUGGAGAGGACGCCCUCCUUCACUGCUGAGUGGGAAGAGAUCGACAAGAUUAUGAGCUCUAUUGGGGCAGGAAUAAGCAGCGGACUGGACAUCAAGAAGGACACCUCAGGUCCCCGCUGCCCGCUGCAGUCCGUGGGUCAAUGGCUCGACUCCAUCGGCCUGGUCCAGUAUGAGAACCACCUGCUGGCCAAUGGAUUUGACAACGUCCAGUUCAUGGGCAGCAAUGUGGUGGAGGACCAGGACCUGCUGGAAAUUGGGAUUCUCAACUCAGCCCACAGACAACGCCUCCUGCAGGCAAUACGGCUGCUGCCUAGGGUGCGGCCUGUCGGUUACGAUGGCAACAACCCCACGUCGGUGGCAGAGUGGUUGGAGUCACUGGAGCUCGGUGACUACACCAAGUCCUUCCUCAUCAAUGGUUACACUUCCAUGGAGCUGGUCAAGAAGAUCUGGGAGAUUGAACUCAUUAAUGUAUUGAAGAUCAGUCUUAUUGGACACAGAAAACGGAUCUUGGCCUCGUUGGGGGACCGGCUACACGAAGACACCCCACAAAAACCUCCACGGGCCAUCUCCCUACGGGAGCCCGGUGGGAACCACACUCCUCCCCAGCUCAGCCCAUCGGUCGGCCAAGCAGCAUACACGGCGGGGGUCCCGGGUGGAUCUCUGGACGUGCAGCACCUCAUCAUGCAGGCAGACGCCCGGCGCAGGCAGCGCAGCAAUGACAACUACUUCGAGGACGUGCCGCGAUCCAAGCUGGAGCGACAGAUGGCCCAAGUCAGCAUGGCAGGCGAGUGGUGCGAGCCAAUCACAUUGCGUCCCCCCAACGAGGCCACCUCGUCCACCCCGGUGCAGUACUGGCAGCAUCACCCUGAGAAGCUCAUCUUUCAGUCCUGUGACUACGAAGCAUAUUACCUGGGCUCCAUGCUGGUGAAGGAGCUGAGAGGGACGGAGUCCACACAAGACGCUUGUGCCAAGAUGAGGAAGUCGACAGAACAGAUGAAGAAAGUGCCGACCAUCGUACUGUCUGUUUCCUACAAAGGAGUAAAGUUCAUCGACGCCACAAAUAAGAAUAUCAUAGCAGAGCACGAGAUCCGCAACAUCUCGUGUGCAGCUCAGGAUCCAGAGGAUCUGUCUACAUUUGCCUACAUCACCAAAGACCUCAAGUCCAGUCACCACUACUGCCACGUCUUCACUGCUUUUGAUGUGAACUUGGCGUAUGAGAUCAUUCUGACGCUCGGCCAGGCCUUCGAGGUGGCCUACCAACUGGCACUGCAGGCCAGGAAGAGCGGCCACGGAUCAUCCACACUGCCCGAGAGCUUUGACAGCAAGCCCAGCAAACCUGUCCCCAAACCCCGAGUCAACAUCCGCAAAUCUAUGGAGCAGCCGUCCAUGGACCAGAAGGGCCACGCCAACGUGCCGUGGAUUGUCGAGCCGGGUCAGGAAGCCAAGAGAGGAGUCAACACCAAGGCAAUGCCGGACGCUCAUGUCUAUUACUGUGGAAUACAAAGAAUGUAGCCAGCCCUAAACACGGACCUUGUCACACAUACAAUGCAAAAAGGACUACAAUGGACCCUCUUGCUUUCUUUUCAAAGGACUACAAACAUGGAUGCUACUCCACAGUGUUUAAGGUUGACUACAAAAUGUUGACAUUCAUCUACAUGCUUGACACAGUAAACAUUGGACCAACACACACACACGCACACACACACACACACACACACACACACUAGCAGGACUGCAUCGUGACAGACAACGGUCUGCUCUGAAUGUACACUCGUUUAAAAGCAGCCUCAACUUUCUGCAACUACCGCAGGAUCUGUUUUAUGUGCCCAACUGGGAGGCAUGACCCUUUGAACUUUUGGGAGGUCACAGGAUCUCCAUGGAGUAUGGAGUAUGGAGUGUGAGUAUGGUAAUGGACAAUGUGCUCAUGUAAAGGCACCAAUAGGCAUGUGUCAGUGUUGGAAUGGGGAUGGGUUCGAGGACGUCUGGCUGGAUCUUGUUUUCUUUAAAAAAGUUCAGAAAAUAAUAAGAGAUAUAUGCACAAGCGUGUAAAUGUGAUUGGACUAACUGCAACACGCUCAAGAUGCAACAGGUGUUUCCUGAUGUGUUGAUGAGACGCGUUUCUCAUUCCAGAGAAUGGCAAACGUACAAAAACAAAACAGCAUCUGGCGUUUAAAAAAAAAAAAAAAAAAAGUAUUCUAUUCGUAUUGCCCGACAUUUUAAUGUUUAAUAUGAGAGUAUUAUAUUACCAUGAUGAUUAUGAUUAUUCUUGUGCAAUUCUUGUCUACUGUUGUCUUAAUGUUACAUUAUUUUUCUAUGAUAUGCGGAGAUGAAAACCUUGGGCUUGAGAAUGAUGGCCAUCCUUUAAAAAUAAUCUAAAAAUACAUUAUCAUACUUGUACACAGGGAGUGAAUGUUGCAGGUGGCUAGCUAACUCUUGUCAGGUCAACCCUCCAUCAUUUCUCAUGGGGCUCUACUCUUAUCUAGCAGAUGUACUAUUUUAAACGCAGUAUUACUGUAUUAUUUGGAUGAGAAGUUAUCCAGUUAUAAAAUGUACAUAGAUAUUUUGCCAACUCAUUGUUCAUACAUGUAAUGUAAAAGAGAAAAAGAAUAAAGGAUUUGCAGUACGUGGCACUGGAGAGAAGGUACCAAAAUAAAGGUUGAAGAUGAAAAAAGACUAGGUGGUAGAUUGUAGAGAUUGUAUUUUGAGUGAAAACUGAAAUGGGUGACAUCACUGCUGACCAACAUGUACAUAGGCUUGGACUUCCAGCACACUGAUUUUUGUAAUUUUGGCCAUUAUUUAUAUCCUUGUAAAGCACAUGGAAUAAAAUAUGACU